GACACCCCAAAACAAAGAUGGCGGCCGUGGUCAGACACCGGAACGUUUGUUUGGCGAUUUUUGCUCAAUUUAGAGGAUUUUCCCAGCGACUAGGAGCUGCAGCAUGCUCCAGGCAAUGUCAUACGGUCACGGAGACUACAGAAGAGGACCUGUGGCGGCAAUAUCACGAAACAAAGCAGCUUGCACUGCAACAAAAACCGUUGUGUAAAAUCAACCCUACCUCAGUGUUUGCCAACAAUGAGCUGUGUAUGGGAGAUGUGGAGGUGUAUGGGUUUGACUAUGACUACACCCUGGCACACUACACUGAUGAACUCUACCCUCUCAUCUAUAACCUGGCUAAGGAAAGGCUGCUCAUGAGAAACAAGUACCCAGAUGAUAUCAUGGCUCUAGAGUACAUUCCCGGGUUUGCAGUGCGAGGUCUGCACUAUGACAUAGAGAAGGCACUCCUGAUGAAAAUAGACGCUUUCCACCAUAUCCAACUGGGCACUGUCUACAGAGGCCACCAGCGUGUGAGUGAUGCAGAGGUGUCCAGUCUGUAUGAUGGUACACAUGUUCCUGUGGACUACAUGAGCUCCUUUCAUGGCAGGGGUAAACAGAUGGUACAGCUGAUGGACAUGUUCUCGCUAUCUGAGAUGGCGCUACUGUGUGACGUCACAGAGUUUUUCCUCAAGAAUGGGAUAGAGUAUGACCCAGAGUACCUCUUCUAUGAUGUUAAGAAUGCAGUCAUAUCAGUACACCUCAGUGGGGACAUGCACAAGGCUGUGGCCAAGGACAUGGACAGAUACCUUGAGCGUGGUGAGGAGAUAUCCCAGCUACUGAGAAGGCUGGCCGGGGCGGGUAAAAAACUCUUCCUCAUCACCAACAGCCCCUUCUGGUUUGUCCAGCGAGGGAUGGAGUACAUUUCUGGGCCCAACUGGAUGGAGAUGUUUGAUGUCGUCAUUGCAGAGUCCAGGAAACCAAAGUUCUUCACUGACACUAAAAGACCCUUCCGAGAAGUCAGUAAGACACUGGGGACCUGUAAGUUUGAGAGGGUGACUAGUCUGAGGAAAGGACAGGUCUAUAUACAGGGUAAUCUGCAGGACUUCCGACAGAUGACAGGCUGGUAUGGAGCCAGGGUGCUGUACUUUGGGGAUCACGUCUACAGUGAUUUGGCGGAUCCCUUCCUGAAGCAUGGCUGGAGAACAGGUGCCAUCAUACCUGAACUGGAGGAUGAGAUCAAAAUCAGCAACUCCGCCAGCUACAAGGACACCAUCUCCUGGUUACUGGCACUACAGGGACUGAUCGAGAGUCAACAGAUGAGCAGACAUGACGUAGCUGUACAGAAUGUGCUACAAGACUGGCUGAAGGAGAUGAGGGAACUUAGACAUUACACAAAGGACAUCUUCAACCCCCAGUUUGGCAGCCUGUUCCGUACGCACCACAACCCCACCUACUUUUCCCGCCGUCUCAUGCGAUUCGCCGACAUCUACACCUCGUCUGUCGCCAACCUGCUGCACUUCCCCAUCGACUACACGUUCUACCCGCGCCGCUCAGCGCUGCCUCACGAGAUCAACUACGACUCCUGAGUCUGAAAGGCAGGGCUGUCUCCACCAUUUUUGUCAAUUUUUGCAAAACUAUGGGAUCUAGGGGCACACUCCGCUGGCAAAUAUUGGCAUAUUUUAUGUACUUUUAGAAGCAAAUUUUGACACUUAUGUCAUUAUUAACCAUCUAAUUUUAAUGUCAUUAAGUCCAGAUUUUGGAGACAGACAUCGUGUUUGUUUUUUUUGUUCCAACAAGCAGAUUUCUAUCCCAGAUGAGGGGACAGGUCCUGGAGACAGCCCUGUUUAAAGGCCAAAAUUUCAUCACAGUGACUGUUCUUCAACCAUUUAACAUAGUAACUGUAAGGUCUAUGUAGUACUGUAAUGUGCAUGCGAAAUUUAAUCAUCUUGCACCUAGAUGUCUGAUCUGUGCAAUCACUUUAAGUCAGCAAUAAACAUUGUAUUGACUUGCUGAAAUGUGUGUAAAAUUGUGGUACA